AUGCCGCCUUCUCGUUGCGUUGUACAAAAUUGCAGUAACCGGGCUAACGGCAAAAAGGGAAUAUCUGUACACUUAAGUCCCUUGGAUAAUAAAAGACGAAAAAUUUGGCUUACAUUUGUUAAGACACAUCGACAAAACUUUUCCCCAAGUGGUCGUUUCGUUAUAUGUUCAGCACACUUUAGCAAAGAUUGCUUCGAAAGGCGUUACGUAGGAGAAAAUGGCAGUCCACGCCGUCUAAGGGAAGACGCUAACCUCACAAUUUGGAAACCGAAAUUAACACACAGCCCGGAAUCAAAGCGAAGUCAUCGAAGGGUAAGUGCUUAAUAAUACAAUAUACUUGGAAUCAAGUUUCAUGCUCAAGUAACCAUAACCAAUAAUAUCUUCCCACUUCCGCUUCUGUGAAUACUGCAUGAAAGUAUUUGUUUUCGACAUUUGCUUUGCUCACGGCAUAAUGACAGCAUAUUUGUAUACUAAAAGUGAAGAUCUUUACAGAUUCUUAAAGACGUUCUUUCAAGCAAUACUGCAACGGAGCCUUCAACGUCUACCUCCUUUGAUUCUCAAGCGGAUAUUCAACAGACUGCUCAGGUUAAUAGUAAAUAUGCUAACUAUAAAUUCACAUCAUUCACUGGUGAGAGUUUAUGAUGAUUUAUUUAUAGCAGUCUCCUACACAAAUGGUAUGUUGCUAUAUUAAUGACAGCGUAUUUGUAUACUAAGAGUGAAGAUCUUUAUAGAUUCUUAAAGACGUUCUUUCAAGCAAUACUGCAACGGAGCCUUCAACGUCUAAAGAAAUCGAUCCAAAAGAUCAAGAGCUUUCUGACGAAGUAAGAUUUGCAUGUAAUGGGUUUUCAUCCAUUUUUUUCCAGAAUUGACUGGGAAGAUACAAUUGCUUUUCUUGUCAAUUUUUAGCCACCACCAAGUCAGUUAAUAGUAACUCCCUUGUCGUCUACCUCCUUUGAUUCUCAAGCGGAUAUUCAACAGACUGCUCAGGUUAAUAGUAAAUAUUAAUAUCACUUAAUAUGCUAACUAUAAAUUCACAUCAUUCACUGGUGAGAGUUUAUGAUGAAAAUUUUUUAACCCUUUAAGUGGCAAUGUACCCUAGUGCACCGUACUUUAUUGUUUUUACUUUGUCAAAUGCCAGAUGAUUUUAUUUGUAGAAAUGUGACGAGUGCAGUCCAUUGAAGAGAGAGAAAAGAGAAUUAAAAAGGGAACUGUUCAAAGUCAAAAAUAGUCUCAGCCGAAAGACAGCACAAUUUGCAAGAAAUCAAAAGAAAUGGGCCCAACAAUUUUCACUGAUUCAUAAAGAGAAAGUUAUGAUUUCUAAGGGUAAGUAAUUUUAAUGAAUUAAUCAAAAUGACACUUCAUUUAGUUAAUCCAGCUUCAUCUGAAAAUGGGGGUGAAACAUAUUUUCAAUAGGUGGGGUGCAUCUUUCUUCACCACAUAAAAUUAUCCCUGACAUGUCAUAAAUCAUUAAAAGAAUGGGAUAAACUAGGAGAUGUUGACUAGUGCAAUAGUAAAUUCAUUUCUUGUGCGUGUGCAACCCCCUGUACAUUCCACCCCUAGACCUGCCUAUGAUUACUGUAGCUACUACACUUUACAUUUAUCAUGAAAUGAAUCAAAUAUUGAUGUUACAGAAACCCAGACGAGCAACAUCAAUGAAAUUAACAUCAAUGAAAUUAACAUCAAUGAAAUUAACAUCAAUGAAAAGAACGACAAUGGUGAUGACUGUGAUAAAAUUAACAUCAAUAAAAAGAAUGACAAUUAUGACAAUUGUGAUAAUGACAAAGAUGACUGUCAUGAGGGUAGUAUUGAUUCCACUAGUGAUAUAGAUGACAAUGAUACUUGUUGGACACCUGAGAAUGUUGAGCAGGAAUAUAAUGACUUCCUUGGUGGUAAUGAUGAAGUUAAGUCAACCAGGUAAGCCUCUCUGGCCACUGCUCACCAGUAAUGGGUUUACUAUAAGUGUUGUACUGCUAUUAUUAAUCAAUCAACUAGAGUAGAUGGAUGAUAUAUCAUAAUAAAAAAUGUCCAAUUGCAUAUUCAUAUUGGAAUCUGGGCCAGUUAAAUUUCCAGAAGCAGUUCCAAAUAAAAAAUGUUUUGUAAAUUUGAAAUCUUAUUGAACUCUAACUGGAGCCUUUGCAACUUUCAAUUGGAUAGAUCUCCACAUUUAUGCACUAAUUUUGACCUUCUAUUGCAGGGUAGAUUGUACUCCAAAGGACAUACGCCAAGAGCCAAAAGGGAUUGUAUUUGUAUCACAGCUUUUACUUCUUUUCUAAAAUUGCAAAUUCUGUUUCACACCAAAUUCCACUACUGAUGUAUCUCACACAGGGACAAUGAUUACAGUUUCAUCCACAUGUAAUGCAUGCAAAGAAACCUAUGUUUGGAAAAGCCAGCCCUACCUACUUGGAUUAUUUGCUGCAAGCAACCUUCUACUUAGCUUUGCUAUCCUUACAGCUGGUGGUUCAGUUACAAAGAUUCUGAAUAUUUUUAAGAACAUGGGAAUCCUGGCCUACCAAAAAGGAACAUUUUAUAAGCAUCAGAGGUACCUACUAAUUCCUUCAAUUACUGGAUUCAGGAGAAAGUACCAAAACAAAAUAUUGGAAAGUUUACAAGGGAAAAAAGUUAUCUUAGCUGGGGAUGGGCGCCAUGAUAGCAUGGGCCACUCAGCUAAGUACUGCACCUAUACCAUUUUUUCCUGUACAGUUGGUCUUCUUAUUCACAUCGAAUUGGUACAGGUAACCAUUCCAUAUAUUUUACAAUCUGGCUAAUUAGACAUAGAAGUCCACCUAAGUGAGACCUAAUUUUAUUUAAUUAACACUGUAUAAGGCCAAACAAUUUUACUUGUCAAGGAAAGAGUAUUUGUCCAGGGUAUUUUCUCGGGAAGCGAAAUACCCUGGUCUGGACUGAUGACGUCACCCCCAGAUUUCGGGUAAAAUAGCAUUUUUUCCUGGUAAAAAAUGUGCUAUUCUCCCAAAAUCUGAGUGUGACAUGUUGUCAUCACUCCAUACCAGGGUAUUUCGCUCCCCGAGAAAAUACCCUGGGUACAAGGUUGUUGCCAUAUUUGUAUGCAUAAGUUUGGCAAAUUCAUAGUUCGGUUUUAAACCAACACACAAGUGGUCUCUCUUUUGAAUUAGUAAUUAAGGGGCCACAUUGUCCCGGCUUGAAUGAGUUAAUUAAAAAGAAACAGGGUGCCUGGAUAGUUUAGUUAACUCAAUAAUGCUGAAGCAUGAGCAAAAAUGUCUGGCCUUAUAAUCAUGAGUAUGUAUACAUAUCGAUCAUACAGUAUAUCCAUCUAGGCAAAUCAGGCAGGAAACAGUACGGCAAUGGAAUUCCUUGGCCAUCAGAAGGCUUUUUCCUUCCUACUUUCAACAGGAAUGAUCAAAACAACUUUUGUGUCAGACAGACAUGCCAGCAUUGCCAAGUGGAUGAGGGAAGAAUCUACAAAACUGUGCAAGGAAAUGAAAAAAAAAAGCAAAAUUGAGCAUUACUAUGACCGUUGGCAUGUUGCAAGAAGUAAGACUUUAUUAGUUACUAAUAUAGUGUUGCAUUGAAUGAUCUGUAACUGUGCUUAUUUGCUUAGUGUAAGCCUAAGAUCUUUCAUGUUUUGGAAAAUUACAAUUCCGGAUGAUGGAUUUACUGUGGGGUUUGGGUGUACACGCCCUUGGUCAUUGUCAGUAGAAUGCCAAUAUAAAUUUUGUAUUUUGCCAUACAAUUUUCAAAUUUCAUACUUGAUCCAUCCAUGUAUGGAAUUAUAGGUAAAUAGGAUACUGUAUAUAUACAGGGAAGCCAGAAUAAUGCUGUUGAAUAAUUCCUUGGCCAGGGAGUCUCAUUAUAAGAUGUGUGAGCGAAUCACCUUUCGUCUUGAUUCAGGCUCCCAGACCAUGAAAGUAUUCAUAACAAUUAUAAGUUAUUAUUCAUAACAUAAUAAUGUAAGGUGUAUUAAAACAUAUAGUAACUAACAUAGAACAGAGACAUGGAACAAACACAAUUUGUUCACACAAAAGGUUUUACAUAUUUUAUAGGUUUGUCUAAAGCCGUAGUAAAAGCAGGAAAGGAAAAAGAAUGUGAGAAAAUAAAUAGAUGGAGAAAAGCUUGCAUACGUCAUUUUCAUUGGUCAAUUACGUCAUCUAGGCAACACCAGGGAGAUGUAAAAUAUGCAAAGUUCGAGUCCUUUCUAUCACAUGUUGUGAAUGAGCAUACCAAUUUACCUAACAAGAUCUUUAAUAAAUGUGCACACAGCCCCAUAGUUGAAAGUGACCAUCCACGCGCAUGGUUAACCAAAGGUGUGAUAAACUCAUUGAGUGACAUGACAAGUGAAAUUUUCUGGCAUUAGACAGUCUACAUAAUAAAGUAGAGUGCAUCAUGGUGCAUUGCAAAGGGUUAAAAAAUUAAUUAGAAGUUAUUAAUUAGUGUCUGACUAAUUAGAAGUGUCUGACCCAGUGGUGUAUAUUCUUCAAUGACCUUUGAUUAUAUUCCCCCCCCCCCUUCUCUUCAGCUUUGACUUUCUUCCCCAUAUCAUUACACCCACUUAGUUAAUUUCCCAUUCUUUAUUUAUUUACCAACAUGAUUACAUGAAUAUUGAAUAUGAACUAAUCAUCUCCACAUUAAUUACAUGUAAUUUCAAAAUUUAACUGAAGAUUAAAAUAAUUAGCCUAACAUACGAGAAUGAGAUGAAUUUUCUCCCUAUCCUCUCCUCUCCCCCCUCAUUUCCCUUUCCUCUGGCCUUCUUUUCCUUUCAUUCUCUUCUUUGCCCUUUCCCCUGCCCUUCUUUUCCUUUCACUCUCUUCUUUAUUCGUAUCAAGGUUUUUCCUCAGUAAUUAAUUGUCAGGCAUUCUAAUUUUUUAAAGGAUCACCUGAAUAUGAAAAGUUAAACAAGGUCCUAAGAAAACCAAGGAUUGUGAAGGCAAUAAAGAAAUCAUCAUCUCUUGGUCAAACUAGCGGACUUGAAGGUUAUCAUUCAGUUAUUAACCAAUUUGCACCAAAGAUGCUGGCAUACUCGUACUUUGGAUUAUUAAGCCGGUAAAUAGGCAAAAAUCACCUACUGCGUAAAGCCUCUUUUCCACUCAUCACAAAACCAACUUGCAAGCUCGCUUCGAGUGCUUGCAUCUAAUUAAUACAAACUGUCGAGCAUUUUGAUUGGAUGAAAACACUCGCAGAGAGCUUGCGAGUUGACUCUUGCGAUGAGUGGACAAGAGGCUUUAAUGUAAAAUAAUACAUGUCCCAAACUAAUAUUUAUUUAUUUAUAAAUAAAUAAAUAAAUCAUUACACAUUGUUACUGGUUUUGAUUUGCAAUGCAGUGAUCAUAUCACUAUGUACUACUGUACUGUACAUGUAUUUAUUACCAACUGAAUUUGAACCAUUUGUAAACAAAAACAGAAUGUAAAUUCUUUCAAUUCCAGGACGAUUCUUAGUGCCUUGCACUUCAAUUACAAUCUAAAAAGAGAAGAUAAAAAAGACGGUGAGGGUAACGUCAAACUAAGGGUUACUUAUCCCAAGUUCAAGGAAGGGGAAGGAACUGUGAAACAAGUGAAAACUGAGCAGAAUUACGGUAAAUAAUCAGCAUUAAGAUUGAACCAAAUGGUUGUGAUCCGAACCUACUGUAAUUGUUGUGAUCAAUAUGUUCAUAAUUGUGUACUCAACAACUCUUACACUUUUUAGAAUACAUUUCAGAAAUAUUCCAGUAUCUAACCAAAACUCCAAAGAAAGACCUGAAGAAGCUUUACAUAGAGCUGUAAAAAGAAAUACCGAAGCCACUUCACUCAAUGUUGGACAAGGAAGAGAGAGAGGUCAGCAUACGAAAGUACAAAGAACGGCAGGAGAAACAAACAGUUAUUUGCCCGCCAACAUGUACUGGUAAAGUAUAAAAUAAUGAAUGUUUUCGUAGUAAACAGUGUUAUUGCUUUCAAAUUAUUGGUCAAUAACUUAUUUUUCUAUUUACAACUUUAGAAAGUGAAUUACAAUCUUUGGGAAGGCAACAGGGAUCAGCUUCUUCCACAAGAAAGCAACCAGUUUGUAGAAAGUGUAAAAAUCCAAUGAAGGGUCAUAAAAAGGGAACAUGUUCCUCAACCUCGUCAUAGAAAAGUUGCAAUUCGACACUUUCUCAAUACAUUAUGUAAUUAUAAAUUAAUAUGUGCUGGGUUUAGUGGGUUAUAGUUAGGAUUAGGAUAGGGUUGUGCAUAUAUUGAUAAAGUGACAUUUCAAGUCAUCUUCAGUUCAAACUGGCAAAGUUUAAUAAAUAAGCUGUGCAUACCAUGCGUGUUCUCUAAUCAUCAUCACCAGUUUCAUAACCAUGAUAAUCAUCACCACUUGUUUCUGCUGUAAACCUCUUUCGAAUUGCAUUAUAGGAGCAGCAGGGUAAAGGAUAACGUUUAGAAUAUCCAGU